AAAAAUCCCAAUAUGUGUAAAUUAAUUGGUUUACGUGAAAGUUAUAGCGUCUACAAAUGGCGGGAAAGAUACUGGGAUUUUUUUUUUUCAUACUAACUUAUGGCGUGAUCAGUGACUUAGGGUGGGACUGCGGCGGACAUUCUGACACUGGGUGGGAACUGACUUGGGGUCACUGACAUCCCCAGUGACACCAAUACAGUGAUCAGUGCAAAAAAAACCACUGACACUGUACUAAUGGCACUGGGGAGGAAGGGGUUAACUUUU